AUGGCCAGCAGUAUAGUUGCCCUUCCCAUCUCUGCUGUCGACGAGUUGAUACAGCUGAAAACGACCUUCGACGCACAACUUCAAGCUACUGACUUUACCUCUGAAACGCCUUCGUACCUGGCCCUCUCAGAUAAAUGCAAGGCGUACAUGAUCGCACUACAGAGGUACAUGUUCCGAUCUAUAGAUCAGAAGGCGACAGAGUUGCGAAUAUAUUACCAGCGGCAGACGGUUCUGCAGGAGGCGGGGAAUAUUCGUGACUAUGCCGCGAUUGAGGAUGGCUUGGAGGCAUUGAAGGUGGAGAAUCAUCAGACAGACUUGGAGAACUCACUAUUUGAAAUCUUCUCUUCGUUUUGCCUUCUUUCCGGAUUUCUAGCAGAUGAAACGACGCGAGCAGGACGACUGCUUAUGGCUGUGGGGACAUCUAUUCUCCGGAUUGAGGAGAAGGCAGAGAGUCCAGAGGAGAUGCAGAAGAUGGUUGUGGAGGAAGUUAAUGCGUCAGAAGCGGAGGUGUUGAUUCUUCGGUAA